AUGAGCGGAGGCGGCGCCCUGCAGCAACGCACCACCUACCUCAUCUCCCUCACUCUGGUCAAAGUAGAGGCUGUGGAGGAGAAUGGAGGGGAGGCCAAGAACAGCAGCCAGGGGAAGGAUGUGGAGGCCGGGCCUGAAGGAAGGCCAGGAGAAGAGGCCGGGGCCAGAGUGGAGGCUGAAGGUGAAGCUCCUGCUCAGGGUGAGAAUGGAGCUGGACAACCACAAAGAGCUGAAGAUGCUGCUAUCCUGAAAGGGGGCAAGUUACCUGAUGAACUCAAAGAUGAAGAGAGAAAACCCAUCAGCCCUUUGAAGGAUAAACUGCCCUCUACUGUUGAUGUCCUGAUCAAAGGGAGUGAAAAGCCACCCUGCAACCUCUCCAUCCCUUUACCUGCUGAGAGAGCGACAGUUCAGAAGACAAAGUCUGCCGAGAUUGACCUUACACGGGUCGAGAGGACGCCCUCCACCCCAGAGGCAAAGCAAUGCAGGUCACCAUUACUGACCACCACGACUCCAACGGAGGUGGUGGAGCCCUGCCGCACCCCCACCAGGACCAGCCUCCCUAUCCGCCCGGUGGGACAGCGUCCUGUGAGUCUGCUGAAGUCUCACAGCAGUGUGGCAACCCGCGGUCGCGACUCCAGGGACGGCAGAGAGCGCAGCCCUACCUCAGCUCAGAGCCUGGACCGGAAGGACUGCCGCAUGCCAACGCGCUCACCAGGGCCCUGCAGGGCCUCAUGGGCCGAGGCGAGCAGGCCCGAUGGCUGGAGGGACCUGGGGGUUGAAGCUCAAGCUGGAAUACCUCUGGAGAUUGGAGGUGGCAUGGCUGCAGUGAUGAGAGACAUCCCCAGGAAGGACAGACUGAAGACAGGUUCGGCCUCCCUACCUGCACCUCCCACCCAGGCCAACAAACCAGCACGCAAAGGUAAAAGCCGCACUCUGGAUAACAGCGACCUGAACAGCCUCUCUGAAGACCUGGGGCUGGUCCAGCAGGCGCAGCAGGGCAACCGAGGCUCCACUAAAGACAGGAAGAUGCUCAAGUUCAUUAGUGGCAUUUUCACAAAGAGCAGCUCGGGGUCAGCUGGGUCAUCCUCCACAGCACCGCCUGUCUAUAUACAGAGAGACUCCAGUGAAGAGGAAGUGAAUAUUGCCAACAGCCAGGAGUGGACCCUGAGCAAAUCCAUCCCAGAGCUCAGACUGGGCAUUCUGGGAAGUCUAAAAAGCGGCAAGUCAGCGUUGGUGAACAAAUACAUCACCGGCAGUUAUGUUGCUCUUGAGAAGUCUGAUGGUGGCAGGUAUAAAAAGGAAGUGCUGGUGGACGGACAGAGUCAUUUAUUACUGAUCCGGGAGGAAGCUGGACCACCUGAUGCCCAGUUCAGCAGCUGGGUUGACGCAGUGAUCCUGGUUUUCAGUCUGGAGAACGAAGGCAGCUUCCAGGAGCUCUACCAGCUCUACAGCCAGCUGAGUGCACACCGCACGGACAUCCCAGUCAUAGUGGUCGGCACCCAAGAUAAAAUCAGUAGCACCAACCCUCGUGUGAUCGAGGAUCAGAGAGCCAGACAGCUGUGUAUCGAUGUGCGUCACUCUCUGUUUUACGAGACCUGUGCGACCUACGGGUUCAACGUCGACCGAGUGUUCUCAGAGGCUGCCCAGAAGAUCGUAGCUCAGAAGAAACAGGCGGCGCUGCAGGCCUGCAAGUCUCUUCCCAACUCUCCCAGUCACUCUGGAGGCUCCACACCUGGAUCAGCAUCGUUCCCUGGACAGGCCAGUAAUGGCCCGAGUUGUGGCUACGCCUACUCCCUCCCCUCCACCCCUGUGAUCAGUCACAGAGAUCUGCGGGUUGCACAAGGAGAGGGGGGAGGCAGCGUCAACUCACGUUCGCUGAAGGGCAUCCCCAGACGGCCCUCUCUCUUCAAGAAUCGGGACUCAGAUAAGAAGUCUGGUGAUGCUAAAGGAGACCAGAGCAGCACACGGGGCGUUCCCAUCAAACAGAGCAUCCUGUGGAAGAGAAGCGGCAGCUCUCUGAAUAAGGAGUGGAAGAAGAAAUACGUCACCCUGUCCAACAAUGGCUCGCUCUCUUACCACUCCAGCUCCAGUGACUAUACGCAGAACAUCCACGGAAAAGACAUCGACCUGCUGCGUGUUACGGUUAAAGUUCCCGGGAAACGUCCUCCAAGAGCCGUGGCUCCUGCGGGGCCCUCACCAGUCCCCCCCGGCGGUGCACCUGGAGUCAACGGGCUGAGUAAGGAGCCAACAGCCGCUGACAGCACCAGUACAGUUCCCCAGUUGUGUCCCGCCACUCUGUCUGUGGUUGACGAUCGGUCUGGUGGCCUGUCGCCUCAAGGAGGGGAUAGAGGCCUUCAGCGCUGCCCUUCCUCUCUGUCCACCAAAGCACAAAGUGUUGAUGCCCUUGAAGCAGCAGCCAGUCCUUUCGCCGGAAAAGAUCCCAGCCAAUCAUCUCCCAUGAGUGACAGGAAGAAGAAUAGGAGGAAGAAGAGCAUGAAUCAGAAAGGAGACGCAGCCGUUGGGCAGGCUGAAGCAAAACGCAAAAUGUGGAAAUUAAAAAGCUUUGGUAGCUUGAGAAACAUUAAUAAAACAGAUGAAGAGAAUGCAGACUUUAUCAUAGUGUCGUUCACCGGGCAGACGUGGCACUUUGAGGCUCAGAGCCUGGAGGACCGGGACUCCUGGGUUUCGGCUAUAGAGAGCCAGAUCCUGGCCAGCCUGCAGUCCUGUGAGAGCGGCAGAAACAAGGCUCGGAGGAGCAGCCAGAGUGAAGCUGUAGCGCUGCAGGCCAUCCGUAACGCCAAGGGCAACCAUCUGUGUGUUGACUGUGAAGCACCAAAUCCCACCUGGGCCAGCCUCAACCUGGGUGCGCUGAUCUGCAUCGAGUGCUCGGGGAUCCAUCGGAACCUGGGGACUCACCUGUCCCGCGUCCGCUCACUGGACCUGGACGACUGGCCGGGAGAGCUCACACAAGUCCUGGCUGCCAUCGGAAACCACAUGGCCAACAGCAUCUGGGAGAGCUGCACCCAAGGCCGAACCAAACCCACACCUACUGCAACACGUGAGGAAAGAGAGUCGUGGAUCCGUGCAAAGUACGAACAACGGGCGUUUGUGCCGCCCCUUCAGCCGACCCCGGGGCCCCAGCUUCCAGACAACGGUAUGCCGGUGUGGUUGCUAUCUGCAGUGACUGAGAGAGAUCUGCCCAGACUGCUGCUCCUUCUGGCCCACAGCACCAAGGAACGGAUCAACGCUCAACUGAUCGGAGAGACUUCACCGCCUCGCUCGGCCCUGCACGCUGCUUGUCAGCUGGGAGAUGUAGUCAUGACCCAGCUGCUCGUCUGGUACGGAAUUGACGUGAAAGCAAAAGAUAACCAAGGCCAGACAGCCAUGAAGAUGGCCAGAAAAACAGGGAGCAAAGGCUGCAUUGAUAUUUUGGUCCAACACGGCUGUCCCAACGAGACGUCCCCCACCACUCCCACUCCAGUCCUCUCCCGCCGGUCCAGCACCGCCAGCCUGGGCCGAACCAGCUCCAGGAAACGGGUGUCGUAGCGCGAACUGAAGAUGCCACCACACGGAGGGGCUGGUGACGACUGGAGGAGGCUAAUUGUUUAGAAACCUUUUAAAAAACACCACAUACAAUGAAGAGCGGCGAACUAUAAGAAAAAUGACAGGACUAUAUUGUAGUACUAAUGAUAUACAAAAUUGUUUCUGAAGACUGAACAUAUCAAACAACUUAAAAGCAAUAUUCAUUCAAUUUGUUGAUGACAGAUAUGUUGCUGAAAUACUGUGUUGUUGUUGACCUCAUUUCAAAAUGACUCAAGUAGAACUUUGUAGCUGUCUUCUGUAAUUUUAGAGCAGACAAACUGCAUCUUCUUUCACUUCCUCCAGAAGAAGUGCAAUAAUCCAACUAUGAUGAUGAAAAGCAACAAGUUUUAGAGCGAACUAUGUCUGUACGGUCAAUACAUCGAGAGGGUGCUGCUUUUAUUCAAAUUUGUUGUGACUGGACCAAAACAGCUAUUAUUUUCUUUGGCUUUACAAAUAAAAUCUACAAUAUGUCAUGUUGAUAGUUAUGUGUGCCUGCGGCAGCAGUAAAAAGGCCAGUUUGGCCGAUAUAAACUGUUUUUCAGUGACGAAUCAGCUGAAAUAAUUCUGCUUAGACUAGAAAAAUGAAUGGUUUGGAAUAUGAACUAUAUCAGUGUUACUCUCACAGGUCAAAGAUAUUGCGUUUUAAUAUACUGUAAAUGUACCUAUACUACAUACUUAAUGUUAAACUCUGUAACGAAGACACAACAGAAAAAUCAAAGACUGAAUUUUGUAAAUGAUUUCUACUGGUAGUUUUGAAAAUAUGUUUUUUUCAUUGUCUUAUAAUUUCUUAUUCUCCUACAUGUCAUAAAAGCAUAAACCAGUAAACAAAAAUGCUUUUACAUAAUGUAAACAUGUGGCUAUUUGUUUAAAGUUUCUUUGGGGAUGGCCAAACAACUACAUAAAGACAUCAUUCAUGUCCAUAUUACUGUUGUGUAGGUCUAUCCCAUGAGUUUACAGUGAAGUAUGAAGAGUUGCAGGUGUCAUCGUUAUUUUUGACACUUUGUGGGUCGUGUGAAUCUGUCAUGAGCUAAAAAAAAUGGUUACCGAAAUCAAAUAAACUUUUUUUAAUUAGCAUUA